UUCAGUUUGAUUUCCGUGGUAAAGCGAAAUGUCAAUUUUUUGAUUGCUUUAGAAAAUAGGCGAAAUAUUCUUCGUCCAAUAAGCUUUAGUUUUUAUUUAAUUUGUUAAAAAAUUACUAAAUAUUCGUGUUAGUAUUUUUCAUUAGCAAAUCUUUACGUACGGUUUAUGCACCAAUAAGUCUUAGUACAGCCAGCUUCGGUUAAAUAUCCCAGGGCUCUUUGCACAGCAAUGUAAAUGUAUAUGCAUAUGUGAUAUAUUUUGGUAAAUGUGAAUAAUAAAUAUUGAUUUGUAAUGCUAAUGUUUCAACGAAUUUGUGAAAAAAAAAUUGUGUGCUUUGAUAAAUACCCAUUGAGCCGUGUAAAAUAUGUGGUUAAGCAUGUAUUUUAUGUAUAAAAUUUGACAUAAAAUGUUCCGAAAAUGUAAUUAAUUUUGCUUUAUUGCAAAAAGUUUUGCUAUGAUCCUUCAGUGGUUUCAUUUUGUGUAAUUUUUCUGAUGCUGUUAUAUUUGUUCACGGUGACUAAAAUAAAUCCGGCAGCUGUUUUACAUAUCUGUGCACACCACUAUUCCGUCAAUCGCAAAUUUACCCAUCUCUGCUUCCAUGAUUUUACAAAUGUUUUAAUAUUGUAGUUUGAGAAUGUCGCAUAUAUGCUAAAGUUCAUGAUUUUUUGAUUAAGAUAAUACUUUAUAAGAAAACACAAUCCAUCACAAGAAUCCAUCCAAUCAGCGAUUAGCCACGUCCAUUGGAGCUGCACUGAAAGACUUCAACUUCAAAAUAAAUAUAUAAAAAUUAAAUCGUAUAAGUCUCCUGUCAAUGAAAUUAUAAGCCAGCCAAGCGACUGAUCUUUUUGGCGAACGCAAAAAAAGAAAUUAAAAAAAAAGUUAAAAAAAAAACAUUUACAAAAUCGUUAGAAAUACUUAAGACGUAGACAUAGCUAUUUUCUUUAGAUAAAAUAACUUGCUCAAACAUUGCCAUGGACAAUUGAAAUGCUUGAACGUUUUCGUUUGGGUAAUUUAAGUGGAAAUUGUCGUUUACAAAGGGAAGAACUGGCGCGCGAUAAGAAACAGCAAAGACAACAAUGUGUCACUGUCCUGCUUCUAGAUGACACAGCGCACACCUUUCGGAUAGAGAAACGCGCUAAAGGAUCGGAACUAUUAAAUCAAGUAUUUCAAUUCUUAGAGCUAUCCGAAAGGGAUUAUUUUGGACUGCUGUUUCCACAGAAACCGGGCGAUGUUGUUCGAUGGGUGGACGCGCAUAAGCAAUUCAAAAAACAAUGUACUAAUCUAGCUCUAGACAACGACGCCAUUCAAACGUUAGAAUUUAGAGUUAAGUUUUUUGUAAGUGAUCCGAGUCGUUUGCAAGAGGAAUACACCCGAUAUCAGUUCUAUUUGCAAAUAAAACGUAAUAUACUGCUGGGUAGACUGCCAUGCUCCGUCAACACACAAUGUUUGCUUGCCAGCUAUACUGUUCAAUCCGAAUUGGGAGAUUUCAAUCCAAGCGAACAUCAGACGGGAUAUUUAAGCGAUAUGCAAUUGUUGGUCGAACAAACGCCAGAUGCAGAACGAAAAAUAUCAGAAUUACAUAAAUUACAUCGUGGCCAAUUGCCGGCUGAUGCUGAAUAUAAUUAUUUGGAGCAUGCGAAACGACUUGAUUUAUAUGGAAUUGAUUUACACAAAGCUACGGAUUCGAAUGGUAGAGAUCUCCAGUUAGGUGUAUCAGCGAUUGGCUUAUUAGUCUUCCAAAAUGGUUUGCGUAUAAAUACCUUUUCAUGGUCCAAAAUGGUUAAAGUUUCGUUCAAGCGGAAAGACUUCUUUAUACAACUGCGCAGAGAACCGUCGGAAAGCUAUGACACUUUGUUGGGAUUUAGUAUGACCUCUCAUAGGCACGCGAAAGCUUUGUGGAAAUCGUGCGUAGAACAUCAUUCCUUCUUCCGAUUAAAACGACCGCAUCGUCUUCCUCGUUUUUUAAACAUCAGCCUGGGUUCGAAAUUCUAUUAUUCGGGUCGCACAGAGUUGCAAGCUGUACAAGAGUCAAAGCAGCGAGGCACGGUGCACAAAGCAUUUGUACGUUCACCGAGCAAAAGACUUAUAGCAGCUACUGCCACAGGUGCUACAUCACCGUUGGUAAACGGCACAAGCGGUUCAGAUAGCAAUGGAAGUGUUUCACAUAAUGGUAAAGUCACCUCUACCGCAUUGGUAACUCAUACGUCCAUUUUGACUAUUACGAAAACGAGCCGUCCACACGACAAUAAAGUAACUUCUAAGCAGACUGAAACAAUGCCGCGCAAAGCCUGGGAACAGCAGAGCGAUGAAUACGAUAUACAGCUCGAAACUGGUAUUAUUGCCAGACGAUUUGAGUCACCAAUACCACCAACCUACAGUUCUGGCAGCCACAGUCCCAUAAUGAAUACAAAUAACACUGCCUCACGUCUCGGUCCAGCAAUUACUACACUUAUAAAUGGCAAUUCAUCGACAGCACUUGACAGUGGCAGUGAUUUGGUGACUAUACGCCUACAAUGUGAUGAGCAGGGACGUUUCGGUUUUAACGUUAAGGGCGGUGUGGAUCUCGGAUUGCCCGUGCAGGUGUCAAAAGUCGUACCAAACACACCAGCAGAUCGGUGUACACCACGAGUAUGUGAAGGCGAUGAGGUCGUUAUGAUAAAUGGGCGUGAUGUUAUCGGUUUGCAACACGACCAAGUGGUGGCGAUGAUACGUGAAAGUCGCAGCCAACGAAAUGGUGAGCUACUGCUUACUGUACGUCCGAAGGCAAUGCGUUCUGUACUCUCGGAGGAAGAACCAUUAUAUCAAUACGUGCCGGAAAACGAUGAAAUUGGGUCUCAUUCAAAUUUACUCGAUGGCGAUGCAUUAUUUACACAGAGUUUACUGUUGCUGAGCGACGGUUUGGCGUCUGGUGCUCUGCUGGCACAAUACGAGCUAAUGUAUAGGAAAAAUCCUGAGUUGGCGAUCACAGAGGCACGAAAACCAGAGAACAUUGUGAAGAAUCGCUAUCGCGACAUAUCACCAUAUGAUUGUACACGAGUUUCGCUUGUAAAUUCUCUCACCGGCGAUUAUAUCAAUGCCAACUACGUCAAUAUGGAAAUACCCGGCGGUGUGGUAAACCGUUAUAUUGCUACACAGGGACCCUUAGCCAACACCACAACCGAUUUUUGGCGCAUGGUGCAACAGGAGAGUAGUCAUUUAAUUGUCAUGCUCACAACAGUUAUGGAAGCGGGACGCCAGAAAUGUCAUCAGUAUUGGCCAGUUACGGGCGACGAAUUACACUUGGGCGAUGGUUUUUCUGUUAAAUGCCUCAGUGAGCAAGCGGAUGAGACGGGCAGCUUUGUUUUUCGUGAAUUUGUUUUAUGUGACAAACGUACGAGCGAACAGCGACACAUUCAACAUAUGCAAUACCUGGCAUGGCCUGAUCAUUGUGUGCCUUCCGAUCCAAAUCUCUUUAUUGAGUUUACCGAGCGUGUGCGCGUGGCAAGAAAUAAAACAUUAUUGCAAGAAAUCGAAGAAAGUUUGAAACAGGUGCGGCUGCUGGAUGCCGAUGCUGAUGAAAAUGGUGGCUUGAUGAGCGAACGAAAAUGCGCUGCCAGUAAUGGAGUAACGCCCGAGGAUGAGAAUCCUGUAUCGACCAGUGUUCAUCAAUGCAUCAGUGCUGCAAAUCCACCUGUGAUAGUGCAUUGCUCGGCUGGUAUUGGUCGAACAGGUGUUCUCAUCUUAAUGGACACGGCAUUAGCGCUAAUGGAAAUCAGAGAGCCUGUGUAUCCGCUGGAUAUUGUACGUACAAUGCGUGAUCAGCGUGCUUGUAUGGUGCAGAAUGUGAGCCAAUAUCGUUUUGUGUGUGAAUGCAUUUGUGCUGCAUAUAUGAAAUUGUCACGAUCUAGUGCCGCCCUUGAUGAUCUUGGAGACGAUUAACGAUAAUUAUAAAUAUAUUAUUUAUAUACCCAUAUACAUAUAUAUAUAUAUACAUAGAUACAUACAUAUAUUGUUAGAAAUAUAAUUCUCUUUAACAAAUUCAUUAUGUGUUGUCCAGGCAGGGAAUAUACAUACAUAUACUUCCUUUACCCAAGUAGACAGGAAAAUGAGCUUAGGCAAACAAACAGAUGGUAUUGCAAAUAACUUUACCUUAUAUGUACAUAGAUAUUUACAUAUUUAUAACACAUACAUACAUUUAUAUUUUGUCUUGUUUUAUAUCGCCAAUUUAUGUAUUAUAUUUACUAUAUUAUUAUGGUUCUAUUCUAUUGUAUAAUACCUUUUUUGAAAGACUUUUCGUAUGCAACGAUAAAUACGCAUUAUAAAUGCGCAGUUGCUUAUUCACUUCGAUACAUAAAUACAUAUAUACAUAUAUGUAUAUGCAGGUUCAUUUCGUAUUGUUUCAUACAUUGUUCUAUGCUAAAUUAAAACAUGUUUGUUGGCUAUUUAAAUAGUUAAUUUUUUUCGAAUAGUUUUACCUAUGUCAUUUAUGCGUUUCAAAGCUACAAAACUACAUCUAUGUUCAUCUAAUUCACUUAUAUAAAACGCGAUUGGACAAAUUAUCACAAGAGACAAUUAAAUGAAAAAAGGAAUUUACACAUAAGUGCUGCAACACAAUUCUAAAUUUUUAUUGUACCAUAUAUGAAAAUUAUAAAUUAGUUAUAUAUACAUACAUAUAACCAUAUGCGCAAUAUAAAAUGUAUAAAAAAAAUUGUAAGACAAGAAAAAAUAUUUAAGACUUGAAAAUAAUUAAUUUUCGCUUGUGUAAAAAGUGAAGCACUGUUAUUGUGCUAUUUGAUAAAUUUAAUAGAAAUUUAGAAACAAUUUUCUCCAGAUGAGCGAACGUCGAAUAAAAUCAUUGCAUAUAAAUUAAUUUCAUGAGGAUACCAAUCAAUUAGUAUUGUAGCACCAAAUAAAAUAUUUAUUGUAACCUUGUACUCACAAUAAUCGCAACUCAGCCAUCUCAAAGUAGUAUGACUGGUCUUAUUUUAGUAUAAAAAAAA